CGAGGUCGAUAUCACAAAACUUCUGCUGAAAAGGAUUUCGUUUUCGGGCAUCAAACACUACGAUAUCUGCUUGAAUCUAUGGUUUUUGCCGCAUAUUUGUUGGCGCUCACAAGAGUGUCACGCUCCUCACUGCCACAACUCAAGAAGACAAUGGGCGGGGCCGCAUCGUUUUUCUGGGGGCGAAGCAAUGACAAAACUGACAUCAUGGAUUCUCCCGAGGCAAAAUUCAUCCAGUCGAAAAUCAAAGACAAUUGUAUCGUAGUGUUCUCAAAGACAACGUGUGGUUAUUGUCGCAUGGCUAAGGAUACCCUUAAUGAAACGGGUGCUACUUACGAGGUGAUCGAGUUGAAUCACGAGGCAAAGGCAAUGGAGUAUGCCGAGGUCUUGAGAGAAAUGACCGGUGCAGCAACGGUUCCGCGAGUGUUCAUCAACGGGAAGUGUAUUGGUGGUGGAAGUGAGACCAGGGACUUGCACAGAGAAGGCAAACUUGUGUCUCUUAUACAGGAAUGUGGCAUUAGUGUAUCAACCCCUCCAAGCAAGAUGUGAUCUCAUCAACUCAUAAUACUGCACACAAAGGCAGCAAUAAGCCGCUGGUUUUGUGUCGAGUCACAUGUCACUUGCACCUAGUUUCAGUGUCACUUGUCAUGAGUGUACCUAGUUUCAGUGUCACUUGUCAUGAGUGUACCUAGUUUCAGUGUCACUUGUCAUGAGUGUACCUAGUUUCAGUGUCACUUGUCAUGAGUGUUAAACUUACUGAGACUUGAAAACAUGACAUGACUCAACAUGAGGAUGAAAAGUGACACCAUGAAUGGUAUCAUUGGCACUACCAGGCACUGUUGAUGGGAAGAUUUAAGUGGGGAUAGUGUCUCUUUCACUGACAACGUCUGUUUUAUACGUGUAUACGUGUAUAAUCACACAGUGUACAUCCACAUUACUGUAAACACUCCUCUGCCCCAUCAACAGUGCCUGGAAGUGCCCAGGAGGAGGUACGUAGCCCACUCUUUGGAAAUGACUUGAUCGUCUUCACGAUGACUGGUGAAAAGUGACUUGUUGUGUGUGACUCGUUAGAAACCUGGCCUUCAUGACAUUGGGAGUCGUAUCAUCUCAGUCAGUGUGGAAGGGUCUACAUAUUUGACAGUAGAUACUAUAUAGGAAUCACCCUGGAGAACAUGGUUUGCUGCAGGUGUACGGAGUCCAGUCUAUAGAAGUAUCACCCUGGAGAACAUGCUUUGCUGCAGGUGUACGGAGUCUAGUCUAGAGAAGUAUCACCCUGGAGAACAUGCUUUGCUGCAGGUGUACGGAGUCUAGUCUAGAGAAGUAUCACCCUGGAGAACAUGCUUUGCUGCAGGUGUACGGAGUCUAGUCUAGAGAAGUAUCACCCUGGAGAACAUGGUUUGCUGCAGGUGUACGGAGUCCAGUCUAUAGAAGUAUCACCCUGGAGAACAUGGUUUGCUGCAGGUGUACGGAGUCUAGUCUAGAGAAGUAUCACCCUGGAGAACAUGCUUUGCUGCAGGUGUACGGAGUCUAGUCUAGAGAAGUAUCACCCUGGAGAACAUGCUUUGCUGCAGGUGUACGGAGUCUAGUCUAGAGAAGUAUCACCCUGGAGAACAUGCUUUGCUGCAGGUGUACGGAGUCUAGUCUAUAGAAGUAUCACCCUGGAGAACAUGCUUUGCUGCAGGUGUACGGAGUCUAGUCUAGAGAAGUAUCACCCUGGAGAACAUGCUUUGCUGCAGGUGUACGGAGUCUAGUUUUUUAGUCAAAUCAAUUUUUUAAGGAAUUGAAACUGCGAAGGUGGAGCUAAAAUAAAGCCCAAAACCAAGGUGUGUACCAACAGUGUGGUAUCAAUUUCUCCUCUGAAACAUGUCAAAUCAAAUACAUGUAUAAUUUAUGAUGGUGAACUGAAUUCCAUUCUAAAUAUUUGUAAUUGUUAGCUGUCAGUGUUUUAUGGAAUAAAAUCAAACGUUCAUAUGAA